AUGCUUUCUGCAAGAAGUUUCCUGUCUACCGCACGCACUAUUGCUCGAUCUUCGCUCUUCAGAAAUAAGCAAGUUUUUUGAAAGGAAUUUUAUUUUUGAAUGAUUUCACGCUAGGAAGGACGUACCAUAGUUAGUGUUAGCCUUCUAGGAUUCAUGAGGUUCAUUUUGAUAAAUAAUGAGAAGUCUUUCAAGAUCUGAUGGAGUGCGAGGGCAUGUUAUUGGUAUCGACUUGGGAACGACGAAUAGCUGCGUUAGUGUUAUGGAGGGCAAAACCGCAAAAGUAGGAAAAAUUAAUUCUUAUGAAUGUAACUAUUUUAAUUUUUUGAGGUUAUUGAGAAUGCGGAAGGAGUUAGAACUACACCUUCAACCGUUGCAUUCACCGCGGAUGGUGAGCGCCUGGUCGGCGCACCUGCAAAAAGACAAGCCGUUACAAAUUCUUCCAACACACUAUUCGCCACUAAGAGAUUGAUCGGCAGAAGAUUCGACGAUGCCGAAGUGCAAAAAGAUCUGUAUGUUUUCAUUUUUGCUCAAUUAACUUUUUAUCUUAUCUAUAUAUUUUUCAAGGAAGGUCGUUCCAUACAAAAUCGCAAAGGCUAGCAACGGAGAUGCCUGGGUCGAAGCACAGGGAAAAUUGUAUUCUCCUUCCCAGGUAGUGCUAAUCUGCCGCUUAAUUUUCUUAAAAAAAUUUUUUUAUAAAUUAAGUCCUAGUUUCAAAGCCCAAGUUUUUCCGUCAAAUUUUUUUUUGAUUCAGUUUUUCGUGGAUUUCCAUUAUAUUUUCAUAAAUGUUGCAAUUCCGCUUUUUAUGAAAGAUUUAAUUUGCAAUCUUCUUUUUCUGAUCUGAAAAUAAUAUAUUACUGAAUGAACCAGAUAAUUUUUUUGGCACAUAAAAAAAUUCCCAAAAAAAUAUACUGGAAUUUCUCAACAUUUUUUUUUGUGUAAAAAAACGAGAAAAAAACCGUUUACAAUUAUUUUUUUCGUGAAAAUUUUUUUAUCCACUUUUUGAACUGAGCUCAAAUUUCAUAUACUAUUCGUAAGUUUGAUACAUUUUAGAUUGAUGAACCUUAUUUUGUAGAUUGGAGCUUUCGUUCUCAUGAAAAUGAAAGAAACCGCUGAAAGCUAUCUCGGGACAACGGUUCAUAACGCUGUCAUCACAGUUCCCGCCUAUUUCAACGACUCCCAAAGACAGGCUACUAAGGACGCCGGCCAAAUCGCAGGACUCAACGUUCUGAGAGUUAUCAAUGAGCCCACUGCGGCUGCCCUAGCUUAUGGUUUGGACAAGGCUGAAGACAAAAUGUUCGUUUAAUUUAAAUGUUAUUUUUCUCUUAUCUUUUUUUUAAAGAAUUGCGGUUUACGAUCUUGGUGGCGGAACUUUUGAUAUUUCAAUUUUGGAAAUCCAAAAAGGAGUUUUCGAAGUUAAGUCGACUAAUGGUGACACCUUCCUUGGAGGAGAAGAUUUCGACCACACUCUUGUUCAUCACCUCGUGGCUGAGUUUAAGAAAGAACAGGGGAUCGAUCUUACCAAGGUGGUCAUUGAUUUUUUUUUUCUUGAAAUCAUUAAAAAAUUUUCAGGAUCCUCAAGCCAUGCAAAGACUUCGCGAAGCGGCUGAGAAAGCAAAGUGCGAACUUUCAUCGACCACACAAACAGAUAUCAACUUGCCAUACAUUACCAUGGACAAGUCGGGUCCCAAGCAUUUGAACAUCAAACUCACUCGCGCCAAACUCGAACAAAUUGUCGGAGAUUUGAUUAAACGCACAGUUGAGCCGUGCCGAAAGGCGCUUCACGACGCCGAGGUUCAAAUAAGCUUCUUUACUGAUAUUUAUUAUAUUAUUUUUUUAUAGGUCAAGUCCUCCGAAAUUGGUGACGUUCUGUUGGUUGGUGGAAUGUCGCGUAUGCCGAAAGUGCAAAGUACCGUGCAAGAAAUCUUUGGAAAGGUCCCUUCGAAAGCUGUAAACCCUGACGAAGCUGUCGCCAUGGGAGCUGCCAUCCAAGGAGCCGUUCUUGCUGGUGACGUCACCGACGUGCUUCUUCUCGACGUGACGCCCUUGUCUCUUGGUAUCGAGACUCUUGGCGGUGUUAUGACCAAGUUGAUCACCCGCAACACCACUAUUCCCACUAAAAAGAGCCAAGUAAUAAAAUUUGACUUUUUAAAAGUAGAUAUUUAUAUUUCAAGGUGUUUUCUACGGCAGCUGAUGGACAAACGCAAGUUCAAAUCAAGGUAUUCCAAGGAGAGCGCGAAAUGGCAUCCAACAAUAAGCUCUUGGGACAAUUCUCUCUUGUUUGCAGUGUUUUAAAUUCGAAAUAUUCAUUUAAAUUGAUUUAGGUCGGUAUUCCACCUGCGCCAAGAGGAGUUCCUCAAGUUGAAGUCACAUUCGAUAUUGAUGCCAACGGAAUUGUGAAUGUGUCGGCUCGAGAUCGUGGAACCGGCAAAGAACAGCAAAGUUUGUAUUCUUACAGUUUUUUUAAAGUCAAAUAACUGGUUAAAAAAAAGUCGGCAUUGGCUGAAGUAAAUUAUAAAAAAAAGGAAGUUGAAUGAAUGAAUAAACAAACAAAGGUUAGGAAAAAAUAACUGAAAGAGUGUACAUCUGAAGUUAUCAAACGAAUAAUUGAUCAAGAAAAAGCAAUGCGGUAAAUUGUUUUAUUUUUUUCAGACUCAAAAAUAAUUAUACUUGUUCCCAAAUUAUACAAGAGCCUCUCAAGGGAGAGUAAACAUUUUGUAAAUCAUUCUGGGAUAUUUUCAUUCUUUAGUAAACAGUAUACGAUUUCAUUGCAGAAGGUCUCUGAUGUGACUAUUGAAAAGUUCAUGAUUUUCAGAGCAUCACUGUGAAGCUAACUUUUAUCAAAAGUAACUCUCCGUUCCAACUUUUAAGCUUGAACUUUUUGAAACGGCGUUUGGCGAAUUUCCUUGUUUUCAAUUUUAUUAUAAAUCGGCCAGAUUUCAUGAACAGUUGAUUGCAGUUCCAACUAGGUUUCCCUAUAUUCAAAACGCAAAAAAAAAUUUUAAAGAUUUUUCCAAGUCAUCUAAAUUUUUUUCAGUUGUCAUCCAAUCUUCUGGAGGACUUUCCAAAGACCAGAUUGAGAACAUGAUUCGUGAAGCUGAGAAGAACGCCGCGGAAGACGCCAAGAAGAAAGAAAUGGUAGAGAUUGUCAAUCAGGCAGAGGGUAUCAUCCACGACACGGAAUCCAAAAUGAACGAAUAUGCUGAUCAACUACCGAAGGAUGAGGUUUUUUUUUCGAUUUCUCACAACUUUUUUUCUAAAAUUAUUUUCAGUCUGAAGCUCUGCGUAAGAAACUAGAUGAGACUAAGAAAUUGCUGGAAAACAAGGAAAAUGAGACUACUGAGGCAAUUAAAGAAGCUACGAACUCUCUACAGCAGCAAUCUUUGAAGUUGUUUGAGGUGCUUUCACUAGUUUCGUUCAUUUUCGAUACAUGCCGUUUCAGGCUGCCUACAAGAACAUGGCUGCGAAGAACUCUGGCGGGAACACGGAUGCACAAGAAGCGAAGACAGCCGAAGAGCCGAAGAAAGAUCAAAAUUAA